CUCUUGCUGAGUGACUGUGCGCCGCUAUCACGUGUAUUGUAGUCUGGGUCCCGUCUAGGUCACAUGACUGGUCAUGGCGGCUGAGAUCCACUCCCGGUCUCCGCUCGGCCCUGUACUCCUCACUAAGAUACCCGGACACCGGGAGCAGGUCACCUCCGCCUGCUUCAUCCCGAGAGAGGACGGCGUCAUCACCGCCAGCGAGGACCGAACAAUUCGAGUAUGGCUGAAGAGAGACAGCGGGCAAUAUUGGCCAAGUAUCUACCACACCAUGUCAUCUCCAUGUUCAGCACUGACAUACCACCAUGAGAGCAGGAAGAUAUUUGUGGGACAGGAUAGUGGCGCCAAUGUGGAGUUUUUAAUCUCUGAUGACUUCAACAAAAUGAACUUUGUGAAAACGUAUCCAGCUCAUCAGAGCCGAGUGACGGAGGUCAUUUACUCUCCUGGACCUGAGUGGGUGAUUAGCACUGGGCAGGAUAAGUUCCUCACAUGGAUGUGCACUCAGAGUGGUUCCUUGGUGGGCAGAUAUGCGUUCUCUGCUUGGGCAUCCUGCCUUCAAUACGAUGAAGAAACCAAAUAUGCCUUUGUUGGUGAUUUUUCUGGGCUGAUUACACUGCUAAAGCUGGAGAAAGACACCUGUUCUGUGGUAUCAACACUUAAAGGCCAUGAAGGUAGCAUCUCCUGUAUGUACUGGGACCCCGUGCAACGGUUUCUUUUUUCAGGGUCCGCAGAUCACAGUAUCAUUCUGUGGGAUAUUGGAGGGAGACAAGGACGAACAAUAAUUCUCCAAGGACACCAUGACAAGGUGCAGGGACUCUGCUACCUGCAGCUCACACGUCAGCUGGUGUCAUGUUCUGUUGAUGGAGGAAUCUGUGUAUGGAAUAUGGAUAUUGAUAGAGAAGAGGCUCCUCAGUGGCUAGAAAGUGAUUCCUGCCAGAAAUGUGCACAGCCUUUCUUCUGGAACAUUAGACAGAUGUGGGAUACGAAGACACUUGGGUUACGACAGCAUCACUGCAGAAAGUGCGGCCAGGCAGUUUGUGGUAAAUGCAGCUCCAAGACAUCCAGUUAUCCCAUCAUGGGCUUUGAGUUCCAGGUUCGGGUCUGUGACUCUUGUUAUGAAACCAUCAAAGAUGAGGAUCGGACACCAUUGGCCACUUUCCAUGAGGGCAAGCACAACAUCUGCUACAUGACAAUGGAUGUCUCAAGAGGACUUAUGGUCACCUGCGGAACAGACCGGCUGAUAAAGAUCUGGGACAUGACGCCUGCAGUGGGUUGCAGUCUUGCCACUGGCUUUUCUCCUCGUUGAUCCCCCCAGUUUGUUUACUUUGAAGAAAGCACCUUAUGUACAGCCACGUACAUGCACACCACCUCACCCGGGGCAUUGCCCACACUUCUGUGCUUCUACCGUAUGUACCCUAUGGAAGCAAAGCAAUGCAACAGCUCUGCCCAAACCAGGAGGAGGUGCCUUAAACCCCACACAGCUGCCCGUCUUUACCUUCUCUGCGCUACAAGCUCCAUGCCGCACAGGAGCCAGCUGUCUGUAAUCAUUUCACAUAACUUUAUGUAGUUGUAUAUCAUUGUGGAAUGAUAUCUGCUACCUUUAGAAAAUUACUAAAAAUCUACCUAUAAAGACAGGAUACUUUUAUUAUCAGACGGGACAUUUUUAUCGUUUAAUUGAUCUUUCAAGAAAGCUCUUGGUUUUUCUUUUCUUUCACAGGUCCUUCUAUUCCAAUAUCCCUAUAGGAAAGUCACAUUAUUAUUCUAUGUUCUAAAAAAUUUCAAUGACUAGAGGCCGAUGUUGUGUUUGUUUUACGUUGUCUGUUGUAUUAUCGUUUGUGAACAUAUGAAGGCUGACCCUAGUAUUUUCCUAACCAGAUCAUUGAAUAUGUUCCUGUAUUACAGGUUUGUUUUGUUUGCAGGUAAUGUAUAUCCUUUUUGGUUGUCAUGCAUAGGAAUUGGCAAGAUCAAAUACUGAAAGCACACUAGUAAGCUCUCGUAGGAAUAUUGUUUGGCCCUUAUAAUCUUUUCCUUGCUGCUCUAUACAUUUUAUGUGCAUUGAUAUGAGUUGUACUUGUGGGAUGAAACCUCCUGAAAUCCGAGAACAUUCUACAGCUACCAUUAAACCUCUUCUUUUUUUUUUUUUUUUUCGGAAUAAGGUUUGUUAAAAAUAAUAUAGGGCACUAACAGGUAGUUCACAAAUUGACUAGCUAACCAUAGCUUAUAGCCACUUAUCCAACCAUAGUCUAUAUGUAUCCCAGGAGCUUUGGAGAGAUUUAUUCAUUGGAGUUUCAGGAAUCCAUUUAUUUGCGACAUCCUCAGGGCCCGGUCACACCAAGGCACCUGCUGUAUCUUUUGGAAUGUAAAGCGCACAGUACAUGACUGCAAAGCAAUUGGUCCUUGGAAGGCUAUCUGAGAAUGCAGCCAUUACAGUCAGGUUUUAGGUGACGAGACAGGUUUUUCUCAGCUGAGAAUCUUUUGGAGUGCUUUUCUUUUUUACCUACAUUACAAUUGAUACAUAGCAGAAUGACAGAAAUUGGGUAUAUCGGUGACCUACCCUAAUUCAUAUCAUCAGCCCUUUAAUAUAGAGAGCUUCCAUUUCUAACGUAACUUGUGUAGGGGGAAGUGUAGCCAUCUUCUUUCUUGCUUUCCCUGUGUAGGGAUGCAAGAAUGAGGAUGGCAGCCUUAGAACCUGCACUUUUAAGAACAAGUCAACAUUGUCAUUUCCUCAUAUUUCUGUCUGGACAUAUCGCUUCAAAUGGCAUCACCACACAAGCAGUAAAUCAAUUUUUACCUUCUCCAUGAACUCCUUUCUGGAAGGUAUUUAAUAAUAACAUUUGUAAA